UCUCUAUGUCAAAUAUAUUAGAAAACUUUUACGUAUCGAAGGGCUAAUCAAAAUUUCAUUGUAACAUAUUAAUUAAAUUCCCACGGAGAAGUUGUUUUUUUAAAGCCUUGCACCUUCGAGAAGAAUAUAAUUUAACUAAUUGCUAGCAAACAAUGCCUAAUAUAAAAUUGCAAUCGUCGGACGAUGAAAUCUUCGAUACUGAUGUACAAAUUGCAAAAUGUUCGGGCACCAUUAAGACCAUGCUGGAAGAUUGUGGUAUGGAAGACGGAGAUAAUGCUGUUGUGCCUUUGCCUAAUGUAAAUUCGGCAAUAUUGCGUAAAGUAUUACAUUGGGCCAAUUUUCAUAAAGAUGAUCCACAGCCUACAGAAGAUGAUGAGAAUAAAGAAAAACGAACUGAUGACAUUUCAUCGUGGGAUGCUGAUUUUCUUAAAGUAGACCAAGGUACUUUAUUCGAAUUGAUAUUGGCUGCGAACUAUCUCGAUAUAAAGGGUUUGUUAGAUGUUACUUGCAAAACAGUAGCCAAUAUGAUUAAGGGCAAGACACCAGAAGAGAUACGUAAAACUUUUAAUAUUAAAAACGAUUUUACAGCUGCCGAAGAGGAGCAAGUACGUAAAGAAAACGAAUGGUGUGAAGAGAAGUAAAAUUUACUUUUAUUUGUUGCGGAUAUUGUAUUAAUAAAAUAAUAAGUCCUUUUUUUCCAAUUUGAAGCUUCAGAGUAAGUGAAUAUUAUACAUAAUCGGAGUUAAAUGUCGACCGGCAGUAUUUUUUGAACCUUACUAUUAAAACUGACUGUUGUACAUAAAAAUAAUCGCAUUACUUGGUUUUGAAAUAAAAGUAAUAUAAAUGCAAAAUAUUGAAAAAAGACAGGAAACCAUUUUCGGGUCCGAGCCACGAACACUACAUAACAUAAACAGUGCCAACUUGUGAGUUUUAGUCAGCCAUUAGGGGGAUUCUGGAGAAGCCCUUUUUCAAUUCCUUUUUGCUUAUAUGGGGAUACGUUAGAAAUUUCUAGCAGGCACCUUGGUCAUCCGGUUACACCAACGCCACGAAAAUGUAUUAACGAGACAUUCAAAUUGUUUUCACUUGUUAAGUCUUCAAAAACUGGUCGUUUUUGUUUUCCUGUACUGCCUAAUACUGUCUGAUCUGUUUUGCCCACUGUAUGGAAGUUUUAGUCUUACAAAAAUCAAUAUCUAGCGAACAGACAAAGCGAUUAAUAAUACUGAAUUAAAGCUUAAUACAAAUAAUUUCUGUAACGCCCAGUCAAAAAGUUCAGCAGGUGCGAUCGGGCCAUCCAUAAAGAAGAAAGUCCUUCGCAAUUAAUCUAUAUUUGGAAUAUACGUUUUUCUUUGCUUUGUGUUAAAACUUUUUAAAUAUAAUUUCUCCCUUUAAAGGUAAUAUUUAUUGUUCACAAAUAAAUACUAAGUAGAAAAUAAAGGAAACAAAUUAAAAAAAAAACAAGAAAAGAAGAGCCUGUAGCCUAGCGUAGCUUUGGUUGUUAGUGCUCAUCGUACUUUUAGUCUUAUAAUAUUUUUAAUAGUAAAAUAAAAAAAACAAAAAAAAUCAUUAUGGAAAUUUGUUUCAGUAUCUCUCUCGCGAUAUAAAGUGCUAGUGCUGCCAUCUUUAAGUUAGGAAUCGAGUUUCAAUAGACUUGGCCUUUAUUGGAUAAUUUGUCUGUUAACUUCGUUAAAAAUUCUUCAGUGGUGGUCGCUCUGCUGAGAUACCCCGCUUUUACGGGACAUCGAUGGUUUCCUAUUGCCACAUGAUAAUCUAU